CUGAGUUAGCCAGUUUACUUUGUUCAUUAUUGUCAUCUAUUUUAGUAGCUUCGUAAAUACUGUUAUUUUUAUUUAUUUAAAAAACGAUAUCUUCAAUUAAAUUUAAUAAGUACAGUAUAGCUCAAUUGGAUAAACGGCUUGUUUAAUAUUUUAAUUUUAAUUAACUAAGUACUUGUCAAUCAUAUGGUUGUUAAUUACGGUUUGUUUACAAAUGAAAUAGAAGUUCGAAUUCGGAAACGCGAAAUAAUAAGUGAUGAAUAUUACGAAAGCUAGUGAGGAAUCGUCGUGUACAGGACAAGAAAAUGGCGACGGUUCGACUGAUUCUGAGCGCCCACUCAAGAAGGCAAGAUUCGCGUGGCAAGUCAAAGGAAAAUAUCACUUGAAAAAUGAAAAUUCUGAUUCCUCUGAAGACUCAACAGUACCUGGGCCGUCAUUAUCGAGCGAAAGUAAUUCUAGUGAUAUUGAAACUAAGCAAAACCUCGAGAUACUAGGAGAUUAUUUUUUAAAUCAGGACUUUAAUACAAUAGAAUCUGUGAUUACAGACUCCGAGAAGUCUCUGUUAACUCCAAGUACAAGUGUGUCAAAUGGGAAGCUCCAGUAUCCAAGAUAUGUGAGCUCUAAUGACAAUAAUGAAAAUUGUAGAACUAGUGGUGGCUUUAACAGUGCAAUGUCUGUACCAAUGUCUAUGGUAGUUUCACAGAACUACACUGAGGACCAAUGUAUAGCACGGUGGCAGGAAAGACAGAUGACGAAGGGAUUUGUAGAUAACACUGUAAAUAGCAUACUAGAAUCACGGGAGUAUGUAUCGCUUUUAACAGCAGUACGCAAUUCUAGAUUUGUAGCAUUAGAUGUUGCAGAAUUAGUUAAUGAAUCACCUGGACAGAACAUUGAAAAUGAAGGCAUUCUAAUGGCUAUUUCUGCACAUGGCCUACAAAAUCAAAAUACCAGUAGCAACAUAAACAAUUCAGAAAAUGCAAGUUGCUCUAGUAAUGAUAGACAUUCACCAUCACGAGAAUCAUCUCCAUCAUUGACAGUUCAAGAAAAUGAAGAAUCAAAUGAACUGACUUGGGCCUGUGAAGAUCCACAGAAGAUGUCUCAGUUUUCACUGUUUCCUGAUUCAUCAAUAUCAUAUCAAUGUUUUAAUGAUAAUCAAAGUUCUAGUAAUGAAAAUCAGGAUCCUAAUCUAGGCGACAAUCAUUUUGAGUUUUUGGAUGCAGCUAUAAUGUUUGCUAUACAGAGCAAAGGUCUUACAACUUUGGGCAGUGAAUAUGGAUAAAAUUACCUGAAUAAAUGCAAGGUGUAAAAUGGUAUAGUUUUUUUCAAAAUAUUUAAAUGUUUAUUUUAUUUACAGCAUGAAUAUUGUAAAAUUAACAUUUUUGUAUCACUUUAAUGCCUUACAAUUAAUUGCAUUUAUUACAUUAUAUUACUUACAAUUUUAUAUUUUGCAUUUGUUUUGAUUAAAGUUACUUGAACUAUUCAUUUAGAUGACAUUUGUCUUGUGGUAUAAUCCCACAUCAGAUAUUCACAACUUAGUGUAAAUCUAGAAGCAUAGGGAAACUUUUUAAUUGAAAGCUUCAAUAAAAAAAUAUACAUAGUAUUAAUAUAUAAUAUUUAAAUAUAUAUUUCAAAUUAAGAAUAUUAUUUCACACCUUGCAUUAGAAUAUAAUUUUUAAAAGACAAAAUUAAUAUGUUAGACAAUACUUAACAUGCACAAAAUAGUAUUAAAGGGAUAAGAUGUGUAUAUUACUAACAAAAAUAUCAUUAAUAUAAAAUAUGUUCAUUUAUAAAUUUAGUUUUACCAUGACAGUGAAUUGAAGUGAGAAAAACUGGAAAUGUAGACCUACAUAAACAUGAAUACAUUUGUGUUUUAUCCAACAGUUAUAAAGUUGUAGUUAUAAAUGCUUUAGGAAGGGUUUCUUGCAUUGUAGCAUCAGGGUCCAAAAGCAUUGCAAUAGAUUUAAAAAAAAAUAUUUUUAGUUCGGGACAUUUUUGGUGGGUUGCUCUGGUAUUCAAUAAUCAAUAACUAAUAUUAGUCCAUCGGGCUAAUUGCUGGUACUGUGAUCAUUAAGAAGUGAAAAUCCUAAAACAGAUCGAAUCUUAAAAGUAAAUAAAAUUGUUUAAUUUUGGUAUCACACUAUUGUUUUACAUUUUUGUCAAGCGUUAUUAAGACAAUGAUAAUUCAAUCUAGUUAUAUUAGUUUACUCUCUGAACGAUACAUAUUAUUAUUCAUAGGCCACGGGGAUUGAGAGCUCUGAUAGCCGACGAUUGACAGUCAUUCAGUUGAAUGAGAUGGCCCUUGGAAGAGAUGGUACUCUCUUCCCCAUAUCCAUUGUCCUAUUCAGAUCUGAAUAUAGAGCAUAUCGAGGGCUGAAAGGCGUAAUCUAAGCGAUAUUUCGGCUAAUACGCGACAUUUAAAUUUGUAGUUAAAGUCUGUUUUAUUUGGUAUUUAUACUAACAGUAUGAUGUUUUUAAUUGAACUUCAAUUUACUUAAUUUAA